UUCGACUGCCGUCUAAUCAUGCCUCAUGGAAGGAGUUGGCCGGUAAGACUGCUGAACAUUGCGAGUGGGUGCCAUUUCCACACUGGCUGGACCGAAUUUCGUCUCUCUAACAACAUUAUUCACGAUGACGUGCUUACAUUCACUAUGGUCGACGCGGGCAUAUUCCAUGUGAAGUGCUAUAACCCGAGGACGGGAUGUCCUCGACUGAGUGAUUUACAAGAAGGUGUAUACGGAGCCUCCGACCACAGUGAUGUCCCUUCGACGUCAGACGACUAUGUGCCAUCGGACACGGAUGGGGGCGACUCCUCGGAUGAGGACGAGUAUGCGCCGGACCCCGGGGUUUUACCUGACGAUGGUUGCUCGACUUUCACUGUAACUUUGGACAGCUCAAACAUGUCUCGUUCUCUAGAGAUUCCGAUGGCCUUUUGGCGCCGCCACAUUCAGAUGAUAUCACUGCAAGACCCGGUUUACUUCAACGUGAACGGAGACUCUUGGUUCAUCGUUCUCGACCACAGUGACACCAAGAUUUGGGUGAAACGAGAUUGGAGACGCUUCAAAGCUGCUAACAACCUCGUUGUUGGUAUGCGCUGCCACUUCAAGCUCAUUGAUCGGAAUGACGUCCAGUUUUAUGUGUGGUUUGAUCGGGCUUAGGUAUUUGGAAUGCUUUGGAACUGUAUUACCUAUGUAGUAGAACUCUGUU